AGUCUUCUCCUUCCCUUGGAUCUCAGUUGCCCGGACAACCUGCAAUCGUUAAAAAAACUACCCUUCCGCUUCCAUUUUCGCGCUCUAAAGCUCACAACCCUAAUGCAGCACCACCUGCAACACCAGACCACGGUAGCGGCUUCAACUCCUCCCUCGAAAACGGGGGAUGCGCCGCCAAAGCAGGUGGCGCUGGCACUGGAAAGGUUGAACCAUGCCACGGGGGUCAUUGCCAACAUCCGGCUCGGAGCUGACCGCCUCAUUGAAGCCCUAUUUUUCGCCGCAGAGCCUCAUAAAAGUUCUAAACCCGUUGAUUUGUUCAUCAAAGGAGAUUCCGCCAUGCGCCAGCACCUCCAAGAACUCCGCUCAAUUGGAAAGCAGCUGGAGGAAUCGGGGGUGCUAAAUGAAUCCCUAAAGUCCAGAGGUAAUUCUUGGGGGUUGCACAUGCCGCUGGUGUGUCCUGAUGGUGCAGUGGUUGCGUAUGCUUGGAAACGGCAGCUUGCAGGGCAGGCUGGAACAUCUGCUGUUGACAGGACCAGGCUUGCACUCAAGGCCUUCACAGAUCAGAAAAGGCAUUUUUUCCCUCGCCUUGAUGAUGGACUUAUGGAAUCAGCAUCUAAGAAGCAUUGUGGUGCCCGAGCAUUUGGAGAAAAUAACCAAGAUGAACCUAGUAACUACAAAACACUUCAUGAUGUUCUAACUUGUUUGGAGAAAGAAGUACCAAAUUUGAAAACUUUCACUUAUGAGAGGGUGGAUUGGUUGAAAAGAGCUUCUACACUGCCUGCUUCAGCAAAUGAUAAUUCCAUGGAAGAGCCAAAACAUCACUUUCAUGGUUCAAGCUUACUUAGGCCAGCUUCACAGGGUGUUGUUCCCUCUGAUAAGGUAGCCGUAAUUGAGCUGUUGUUUCCAUCCAUCUUCAGAGCUGUAGUCUCAGUACAUCCAGCUGGUUCUAUUGACCCAGAUGCAGUGGCUUUCUUUUCCCCAGAUGAGGGUGGGAGCUACAUACAUGCCCAAGGUUCUUCAGUCUCCCAUGUAUUCAGACUCAUUAGGGAGCAUGCUGCCCUUGCACUGCAGUAUUUUAUUGGAAUCCAGAAUGAAACAGCUCUAUAUUCUCUUCUUCACUGGAUCUGCACCUAUCAAACUUUAUUUAGCAAAGCCUGCAGCAAAUGUGGACGAUUACUGGCAAUGGAUAAACAAUCAGCUUUACUGCUACCCCCAGUUUACCGUCCUUACAAGAAUUUUUCUUCAAAAGCCUCAGCAGGUGAGAAUGAUCAUGCAGCUUAUCAUAUUGGCUGCAAUUCAGAUGAACCCUUAUGACCCUCCAUUGGACUUGAUUAGCCAACGAAGUGUUGUAGCUGGAUAGACAGAAAGAACAGUGAAAAACAGCAAUAAUUCUAGAAGAAUGUAUAACAAUCCCAAUGGUCAAGCAUGUCAGAAAUUGUUAGCAGAAGUGGAAGGAAUUGUAUUCCUCAAUUGUCUUACCCUUCGUUUCUCUCCAAUCUUCUCUAGAUUUACAUGUAAUGUAUAUAUGCGUGGGGAAAUUGGUGUGUUUGCAUUAAUUUUUAUUACCAUAUGUUAAAUUACUAUAAUUGUUAGUCAGAAUUGCUUCCCACUUAUUGUUAUAAGAUAUCAUUUUCUUAAGCUUAAAAAAUUUAAGGUUUUUGG